AUUUUUGAAAAUUGCGCCAAGAAGAGGGUUAAAUUCCAGUCGCACCCUCUGAGUAUAUUUGAAGAAUUCUGACAACAACUCUUUAUUGAACAAGAAACUACAGUGAAAAGAAUGUUAGAUGUUUGUAUCUUUGAUUAAAUUUAGCUUGGAUGGAUUGAAAUUCAACAAAAAAUAUGCCUGGUUUCUGUUUUUCGAUAUGGUGUUUGUUUACUGUUUGAUUGAUGAAACGCCCACUCUUUGGAUGUCUUCAUUUCUUAUUGCCAGAUUGAAAGUUGAGUGAGUGUCCCACUAGAGAUGAGCUUCACUUUUUUAACCUGGAUUACUCGUUUGCUCUUGAAUCGCGGCUGACUGGAUUUAAUUCCUGCUUCCUCUUGAGGGACUUUUCAGAGUUUGAAAAUUGAUUGUACUCUUCAUUUAUGCUGUCUUCUACUUACAAAGGUUCGCGGACUUGCAUCCUUUACUGGAAGCACAAAUUUGAACCUUAUCCGCAGUUAACUAGUGGACAUUUCCUUAUCCCUAAUAUUUGUGGGAAGAAAUUUGGAACUGGACUUCAAAUUUUUUUAAUCAGCAUUGCCUUGAUUUUGGAAUUGCAGACAUCCACACGUUGUUGAAGAGUAAAGGGUUACUUCUCCAUGCCAUUGAACCAUCUGGGCAACAACAGCAUGAGGGACCAUCUUCGCAUUACAGAUAUUUCUGUUUGGACUUCCUGUUAGAGAUAUAGAGACAACUGGUGGAACCGACUUUAAGAAAUUUAUUAUAGAAUUUUAUAAAACUCUCUUUCGGUGCUUUUGAUAAUCUAAUAAAACUUUUGGAACUAAUCCCAUUUUUCCCAAGGAUCGAUAGACAGACUGGAUUCUUCAAGAAUGAUGAAAAUUCUCAGACAGCUUUGAAAUCUUUAACACAGUGGCUGAUUUCCAAUCAGAUAUCUACCUUAAUGGAAUUUAAGUACAAGAAAUAGUCAUUUAUUUUUCUACUUGGGAUUUUUUUGAAUAAUUAGAGAAGAAAUUGAAGGUUGAAUUGAAUCUUUCUUCUCUUGGGUAAUCCUACUUGAUAUUUAACACUGCAUUGAUAGAGAUUCAAAAGCUAUCUUCUUUUUGCAUAUAAAAUUUUUUUGAACAGUGAUAUCAUGGAUAUAACUUCAGAAAUGGCGUACCCUACGCCUCUUCGAAACUCACCCCUGCUGCCGCUGCUCCUCAUGACUUUGGCGACGCAACGAAAUGCUCCAAGACAAUCAUCAAGCAUAAAAAGGGAAUAUGACUACAUCGUAGUGGGUGGUGGCUCCGCUGGAUCGGUGGUGGCAAGUCGCUUGUCAGAAGAACCAUGUGUGAAUGUAUUGCUGCUGGAGGCCGGUGGGAAGAAGCCUCCACUUAUAAACGAUAUUCCAGCUCUUGGAAGAUUUUUCUGGCUCACUGAUAUCGACUGGCAAUUCAAGACGGUACCUCAAAAGCAUAGUGCCUACUUUCAUACCAACCAGCAAGUGAUCUGGCCGAGCGGGAAAGGUCUAGGAGGAUCCAGCCUUCUGAAUGCCAUGCUGUACGUCAGAGGUAACAAAAAGGAUUACGAUGACUGGGAAGCGCAAGGGGCAGAAGGGUGGAGUUACAAAGAUGUCUUCCCAUAUUUUUUAAAGCUCGAAGACAACACAAAUCCCUAUUAUUUAAAAAAUGGAUACCAUGCCACUGGUGGGCCAAUAACUGUUGAAAAUCCAAAAUACAAUCCAGAGAUAAGGGGUCCUAUUUAUGAAUCAGCUCAAGAACUAGGUUACAAAGUCUUAGACUCGAAUGCUGCUCAGCAGACAGGUUUUUACGAUCAUCAGGGUAGCAUAAGGAAUGGACAGCGGUGCAGUACAGCCAAGGCAUAUCUUGUGCCUGCAGAAAAUCGCACCAAUUUAGAUAUUAUAGGAGGAGCUUAUGUAAAAAAGAUACUUUUUGACGGCUCUCGAGCUGUUGGCGUUCAGUUCGACUACGGAAAUUCGGAAUACAAUGUAAGAGUCCGGCAAGAAGUAAUCAUGUCAGCUGGUACAACCAACACUGCACAAAUUCUUAUGCUUUCAGGAAUUGGUCCAAAGAAACAUCUUCAAAAGUUAAAGAUUCCGGUUGUUGCAGACUUGCCUGUUGGGAAUAAUUUUCAAGACCAUUGUGGUUUUCCUGUACUUUUCACAUUUAAUUCAAGGCCAAUAAAAGAAAAGCUCCAGGAUUCUCAAAACAUUCAUGAAUAUGUGAAUAAUCGGACAGGUCCAUUGUCGUCCCCAGAAUUUGUGUCAGCGAUGGCGUUCCUCAAUACUAAAGGCGUUUAUCCAAGAGAAGAUUUUCCAAAUUAUGAGCUUUAUUUCUUGGAAAUAUCAAAAGAAAUCGCAAAGUAUCAAGUCGGUCUACAUCCUCUAGUAUACGAUUUUGUUUAUGGUCCAUACGAAAAUGAUCCCGUAUUCAUAUGCGUGAGUCACUUGCUGCAUCCCAAAAGUAAAGGAACUGUCAGACUGCAAUCCACUAACCCUUAUGACCCGCCUUUAAUUGAUCCCAACUACUAUGAGGAUCCUGCAGAUGUCGAAGCUAUUGUUAAAGGUAUGAAGACUUGUCUGAAGAUAGGGAAAAGUAAGUCUAUGAGGAAAGUGGGAGUGAAACCCUUUGCUACCAUAUUCCCGAGCUUUACGAACUUAUUGCCAGACUUCAUUCUAGAUAGGUACUUGACAUUGCUAGCAAAAAGCGUCGUUGUAACUCUGAGUCAUCAAGUAGGUACUGCUAAGAUGGGUGACCCGAGGGAUCCUACAACAGUUGUCGACCCUGAACUGAAAGUGAAAGGCAUCCAAGGACUCCGCGUUGUUGAUGCUUCAGUUAUGCCCAUCGUCCCAUCAGGGAACACAAAUAUCCCCACUAUCAUGGUUGCCGAAAAAGCAUCGGAUAUCAUCAAGGACUCAAUGCCGUGCAGAACAAGAUAUUCGUCAUAAUUUCGAAAUAAACUUGCAGUUGGAAUCUGAAAAAAUGUACUUCGGGUACAUAUGUAAAUAAGAAUUUUUAAAACAAAAGUACAAAGACAACCUUUUAAAGAAGUAAAUAAAACUAAGAAAUAAAUUUUGUCUUAAAAAUAA